GGGAUCUUCUUGACAGAAGGAUCAAACCUGCAUCUCCUGCAAUAUCAGGCAGAUUGUUUACCACUGAGCCAUCAGGGAAGCCCAAGCGGAAAUCAGACCAAGCAACAAAAUGUUCAAGGGAACAACCUGGAUUAGUGAAAUAUUGGAUUUGAUCUAUAACAAUGGGAAUGUGGAGAAAUGUAAACGAGAUGCAAUAUACAAACGAGUGCCAUUCAUGGAAUUAAUAAUUCCAAGACUUACAAAUGGAGUUGAGGACUUGAAUGACAUGCAGUCUCCUCGAUUAGUGAAAACACACCUACCUGUUCAACUUCUCCCUUCUUCAUUUUGGAAAAAUAACUGCAAGAUGGUCUAUGUGGCACGGAAUGCUAAAGAUGUAGCCGUGUCUUACUAUUAUUUUUACCAGAUGGCAAAAAUGCAUCCAGAUCCUGGUACCUGGGAGGAAUUCCUAGAUAAAUUCAUGACUGGAAAGGUGGCUUUUGGUUCUUGGUAUGACCAUGUUAAGGGCUGGUGGGAGAAGAAAAAAGAUUAUCGCAUACUUUACCUGUUCUACGAAGACGUGAAAGAGGAUCCAAAGUGUGAAAUUCGGAAGUUAUUAAAAUUUCUAGACAAAGACCUUCCAGAAGAAACUGUGGAUAAAAUCCUCUAUCAUAGCUCCUUUGAGAUGAUGAAGCAAAAUCCUAGUGCAAAUUAUACCACUAUGCCAAAAUUUAGUAUGGACCAUUCUGUAUCUCCCUUCAUGAGAAAAGGUGUUUCAGGAGACUGGAAAAAUCAGUUCACUGUAGCCCAGUAUGAAAGAUUUGAAGAAGAUUAUGAAAAGAAAAUGAAAGGGUCUACAUUGCAAUUUCAUUCAGAGAUCUAAGAAACACUUGCUCUUUUUCCAGUUGCUUUAGUUUUGUGUAAUGUUUCCCUAUUUACUGAUAUUAGUGUUUUGUAAUAGAAUAUUCAAAUAAUUUCUGAGUUUGCAUAUGAAAGAUCAACAUUGUUUUAUUAUUUUAACUACCUUCUACAAUGUUUUUAUUAUACUUUAUUAUUCUUAAA